AUGGCUACGUUAGAGCUCAGCACCGCCGACCGCAACAAGGUGAGGGCCCUGUGGGGCGACGCCAUGGCGAUGAAUGAUUACAAAACGGAGAAUGUCAUCCACGAGUUGUUCAGCGAGCUCUGUCGCACCAGCGAGGACGCCAGAGACUUAUUCUCCAACAAGAAGGUGAGGGCCGAGCAGGAGCUGCUUUUCGCCGAGAUCAUGGGCUUCACCAUGAUGUACUUGCACAACCUUGAGAUUUUGGACGAGUGUGUCAACGAGUUCAUCAAGGAAAACCCCCACAUUGUCAAGUGCGGAGUGCGCUACUUGGAGCCCAUGGGCGGUGUGAUGAUUGGGUACUUGCGCAAGACCCUUGGGGCUCAAUUCCACGCUGGCUUGGAGACGCUCUGGGUGAAGACGUAUAUCUACAUUGCCAACUGCAUUUUGCAAAACGACGAGCUGGAGGUGGAGCUGUUGCUUUCAGAGGGGGACCACAAGUCGCUGGAGCUGGAGACGGAGCUGUUGGAGGAGACGGCCCCAUUGAAGGUUCCUGCGCGGGCACCUCUGAGAGCGUCGGCAAGACCAAUUACAGAACCCGUGGCCCCAGUGGCCCCGCUGCUGGAAGCUGCCCCUGCGCCAGUGUUCAAGAGCAGCCCACUCCCACGCCUUGAGACUUCCAAUAACGAAGCUAGCACCAUAUCCAUCAACCUCCAGAACGAAAAAUACCGUGGAUUCCGCCGCUCUGUCACUGAGAGCCCCCAGGAGCCAGUGCAGGUGAAGGUGCCCGCAACGCUUGUGGGUGCGAAAAACUCUGCUCCAGAGUAUGAUCCGCAGUUGACCCCCAGAUCGUCGAGAAGAAAGCUGAACGCUGGGCCCGUGGUGGGGCUUGGCCUCGAUACCACCAACGACGACUUUGAGGUGAAGAGCAAAACCACUCCGUUCGACCCUCGCCGCUCGUCCCACCACCGCAGAACCCUGUCUGACUUGGGCUCCACCAUGGAACACCCUCAGCCUGCUCCCAGUGCGAACGCCAAUGCGAACGCUAACGCGAACGCUCCCACCGCUGUCGAUGCGCACCGCUCCUGGUCGGGCAGCCUGUGCGAGAGCCCUAUCCUGGACGUCGAGGACGAGUUCAACUUGGCUCCUCCCCAGGACGAGGAGGCUCUCCGCCCCAGAGGAGUAUUUGACUGCAACAGUUUUGGCAUCAAGGGAUUGGCGCCAAUUGCCGAGACGGAGGUGGAUGAGGAAGACGGCGAGGAGAGCUCGCUGUACGGCUCAGACAACGACCACUGCGGGUCCAAGGCCUCAGACGAGUCGCUGAGAACGUCUUCGCUUUCGUUGCACAACCUGGACUACAAGUCGUCCAUCUCGCUGGGCACAGGCUACCUGCCAGACGCUGCGAAGGUGCAGCAGCCAGGAUUUCGCAGCCACGGCUCCAAGAUGUCCCAGCUGAGCGACAUCAGCUUCAUGCAACUGUUGCCUGCUCCAAUGGACACUGGGUUCCCCAUGAUGCACCGCAAUUUUGGCUCCACGCCUUCCUUGUCGGCUAGGUCCAUGUAUACCCCGGGCAAGAGGGCCUCGUUGGGCUUUAUGCGCAGCUCGUUCGUGCUCAAGAAGGAGAUGGAGGAGUUGGGCUACAACAUUCCAGAGAACGUUUCUCUCCUGAAGACCACCUCGAAUGUGUACAACAACCCUGCGGCUCCUUCGUUGGCCAAACUCACACUGUCUCGCUCGGUCGCAUCGUUGCCUUUGCAGGCUCCUUCCCCACAGACGUUUGCAACGUCACCUGCUACUGCUGCUGCUGCUGCUGCUGCUCCUCAACGGAAAGCACAGAAAUCAAAAACUCCUUCUGUCUCCUCGGAGAAGACCAAGAAGAGCGGCUUCCGUGCGAAGCUCGGCUCGAUUUUCGGCUCCAAGGAGCUGAAGGCAGAGAAGCUUCCUGCCCCUCGCAAGAUCUCUAGCCCAAUGAACGUGCCUGUGCCUCCUUCGUCUCAGGACGCCAUGAAGGUGGGUCCUACAAAGAUGUCUAAGGUGCCUCACCACCAACCCGUGAAGCGCCCAGUCAAGGCACCUUCUCCGGCCAAACCAAGCUACGAGAAGGAGAGGAGACGCUCGUCGGUGUGCUCUUCGGCGUACGAAGUGAGCACAAUCAACACUACUAGCCGCGUUUCUGCUGCUGAUGUGAGAAGACAGAGCAAGCAGCCUCCUGUUGGCUACGCCGCCUCUGUGUACUCGAGACCUGUGGUGAAUGACAACAGCUCCAUUUACAGCAAUGAGCUGACUGUGUCUGGCUUCUCUUUCUUCAAGAGCAAGUCUAAGACCCGUUAUGAAAAGUUUGACGACGAGAAGAAGAAGAAGAACAAGUACAAUGUCAAGAAAGUUCCUUACAGAACGGUUUACGUGAAGGACAUCAUUCGUUAA